CGAUGUUCGAUAUCGCGUCAUAUGGUGUCCGUGGAACGGGGCGAUGAAGCGUGACGUUUCGCUCCUGCCGCAGACACAAAAAUCGAACAGUGCGCUCGACGCUUUUAACGUAACGCUUCGUAACGGAGCUGUCACGUCGACGUUUACGUCGACGACGACGUCAGACUUUAAGGGACAACGGUUCGCCGGAGGACGACUGGCUGGAGGAGGAGGAGGAGGAGGCCGAAACUGCGGCGGCCUUAGUCUCUUCCCCGCGACCGCGUCUCGUCGUCGAGCUCGACCUCCCGCACUGCACCGAUUACUGCACAUGAUUACCCUGAACGUCUAAUUAGGCGAGUUUUAGAAAGCGAGCACGCAAGCAUGACCCACUCCACGGCGAAGAGUGUGCUGUGCACUCUGGUGUGAACACCCUGGAUCGAACGCGCACGCAGCCUCUUGCAUUUCGCUACUACGACAGUUUUACUUAAAUUUGAUGACUAUAUGAAUUAUCAACGUACAAAAGAAAUUGGAGUCCGCAAUAUGCAAGAAUCAUGAUAGCUGGACAUAUAUUGUGAAAUAUCAUAUUUAUUUGAGGGAGGAUCAAUAAACUAUUCAGUGGCAAUAUGUUUGGUUGUUCAAGAGAGGCUGUACGCGUCAAAGUGAAGAAGUGUGAAACCAGACACCAACCUGAAUAUCGUAAAUUUAGUGUGGAUCCUCAAAUAACAUCAAUAGAAGUACUGCAGAGCAUUCUUAUCAAAGCUUUUGAUAUAAAAGGGGAAUUUACCGUUUCGUAUCGAGCAAUCGACGACUAUGGCUCCGAGACGUAUCUGUUCUUACUUUCGGACUGGGACUUGGACGCUGCGUUUAUCAGUGCGUCCGAACCAUACCUCUAUCUACAAGUAAACCUGAAACCCUUUGGUGAAACUGGAGACUGCGAGUAUUAUUGGGAGCAAAAUGCACAGGAAGUUUCGACGCGUCAGCAGGAAACUGGGUUUCCUUACAGAACACCAAAGCUGCCUGGUCUUAUAAUGAAUAAGAUGGAAAGGACCCUGAAUAUGGUGCAACGUGCAUUGGGUAACUUGGGCGAGGAAUCGUCUCAACAGCAGAACGUUCAGCCUCCUCGACCGCCGCUAACAGAUGCAGAGUUUCGCCGAUUUUUGGAUCCCAUCGGUCAAGUGGUGCACUCCAAGGAUCUAAGGGCUGUAAUCUACUUUGGCGGGAUCGAGCCUAGCCUGCGUAAAGUAGUCUGGAAACACAUUCUGAACGUGUAUCCCGAAGGGAUGUCGGGUCGAGAGAGGAUGGAUUACAUGAAGAGGAAGGCGCAGGAAUAUCAGAAUUUGCGCGAACGAUGGCGCGCGCUGGUGCAAAAGGGACAGAACGUCGGCGACCUCGGCUACGUCACCGGUAUGGUAAGGAAGGACGUCCUCAGAACGGAUAGGCAUCACAAGUUUUACGGCGGCUCGGACGACAAUCAGAACACGGCGAGUCUUUUUAACAUUUUGACGACGUAUGCUUUAAAUCAUCCGAGUGUAAGUUACUGCCAGGGCAUGAGCGACCUGGCCUCGCCCCUUCUCGUCACGAUGCGAGACGAAGCUCAAGCCUACAUUUGCCUUUGCGCCCUUAUGAGAAGAUUGAAGGACAACUUCAUGCUCGACGGCAUCGCCAUGACUACCAAAUUUGCUCAUCUCGCAGAAGGUCUUCAGCAUUACGACCCCGACUUUUACGCGUACUUAAAAUCCCAUCAAGCGGACGAUCUGCUUUUUUGCUAUCGUUGGCUGUUGUUGGAAAUGAAGCGCGAGUUCGCACUGGACGACGCACUUAGAAUGCUCGAGGUUCUUUGGGCCGCUUUACCAGCAUCACCACCGACCGGCGAACUGGCUCUUGCUGAGGUGCCUUUUCCACCACCGUCGCCACCGCCGAGUCCGAACGUGAAGCACAUCCGUGAGAACGCGUACACCAAGGUCUGCGCAAUCAGACGACAAAGUUCCUCGGCCAGUAUCGCCGCUAGCAUUAAACGGAAAGCUCUCAGCACGGAGGACCCGACUCUGCAGUCAGCUGCAGAGCUUAAUGGAGAAACGAAAAGAUCUAACUCGCCGUACGAAGCGUUUUCCGAUUCGGAAAAUGAUUUGACCAGUACGAAAAAUAAAAAGAAUACGGAAUCGACGGAAAAGUGCCUAAGUACAGAUUCUAUUCCGGUUAAAUCGAAACGCUCGAAUCUUCUCGAAUUGAAAGACAGAUUGUCUGUCUCCAGCAAAGAACAAAUUAAAAAUAGUGAACAAAGUGACAAUUCUGAAAAGAAAUGUGCACGAGUAGUAAAAAAUUUGAACGAAUUCUUAAAUUUCACUAGCCUCAAUCGUAGCAAAGUUACGCCAAGCGACGCCGAACCCGAACUCAGACGUGUUUCGAGCGAAAGCGGCGUUAUCAGAGUGUUGAGGGACGACCCGAACUCGCCAGACGAUUCCACGGACUUCUUUCCAAUGACUACUUCAAUGACCAGAGAGUUAAGACUGGAAUUGGAGUCGCUGGAUCGACAAGUGUUUGGACUUUCGCCUCCCAGCGAGAUGCAGUGCGAUUGUGUGCUCUCGAAAAGAGAAGGUGAUUUACCGGAAAGCGAAACCGAAACGGAAUUAGCGAGGUGCAGUCCAGCGGCGGACGUCUUCGUAUGGGAGAAUCCUUUACACACAUUACAACAAAAGCAUCAUCCUACGACGCCGGACGAACAGGCGGAAUUGGAGUACGACGGUGAAAUUUUGGAAGAUCAGAACGGCGUGAAAUCCGUCACACCGAUCAGAUUACUCAAAUGUACCACUAGAUCCGAGUCGGCGUCGGACAGCGAAGGGACCGAGAGUUGGCAUCAAAAUCAGCCUGUAACAGAGAGCCCGACGAAACAACAGCAGCAGCAGCAACAGCAACAAUCUGUUCAAGAGCAGUGCGAGGAAGCGACGGAGCUGACUAAUCUCAUUCCUGCGGGAACAAGCGAGGAUCAGCUGGGCGAAAGCUCAUUGCCGCCUCCGCACGAGUUUGGCGGCGGCAAUCCCUUCUUGAUGUUCCUAUGUAUUACCCUUUUGCUGCAACACCGAGACUUUGUUAUGCGCAAUCAGAUGGAUUACAACGAGAUGGCGAUGCACUUCGACAAGAUGAUCCGCCGUCACAAUGUGAUCCGUGUACUUAAUCAGGCGAGACAGCUGUUCGCGGGCUAUCUUAGAAGACAUUCGGCCUCGUCCUCGGCCGGCUCGAUUUCUACUGGCAAGCCGGACUGUGUGAAUGUAUAAUUCUUCCCUAAUUAUCUCUUUAAAAAAUUAUUAAAUCAUUAAUCACAGGCGACCUGAGAUUUGAGAAUUAUUUAACUCAAUGAAUUGGAUUACAUAUCAUGGAAAUUAUGUCAUUGAUAUUAGCAUUUCGGAGGAUUAAGAGGACUUGAAUUAAUUCUAUCACGAUAUUCUUCCGCUCGUGACAUUCACGAGAUGAUGUUCGCGACGUUUGCUAUGAAUUCACAGUCACAUUUCAUAAACAACGUCUCUGAUUAAUCAUUCUUUUCUCUAUCUUUUUUCUUUCUAAUAUAUAUAAUAAAUUUUUUUAAUUAUUAAGUAA